AUGCUCAGUAGAGCAUUGAGAGCACCCCGAAGCCUGCCGCUGCGGCAGCGACAGCGGACCUUUGCUCCUUUUGCAAAAGAUGUAGCAAAACGCCGAGUCACCACAGAUGCAGCUUCCUCUCACGCCGAACGAGAACAUGUCCCCGAAAAAGAUGACGAGCCAUUUGAAGUCAGGCUCUCACACGAGAGCUUUGAAACCUACGAGCUCGACCCACCACCAUAUACCUUACUUACCACAAAGGCAGAGUUGAAACAGAUGUAUCAUGACAUGGUCUCAAUAAGGCGAAUGGAGAUGGGAGCCGACCGGCUAUACAAGGAGAAGAAGAUCCGGGGCUUCUGCCAUCUCUCUACUGGCCAAGAAGCUGUGGCAGGCGGCAUUGAGCACGCGAUCACGAAGGAAGACCAGGUCAUUACCGCUUACCGUUGCCAUGGCUUCGCACUCAUGCGAGGGGGCACCGUCAAGAGUAUCAUUGGCGAGCUUCUCGGGAGAAGAGAGGGUAUUGCCUACGGCAAAGGUGGAAGCAUGCACAUGUUUGCCAAAGGCUUUUACGGAGGCAAUGGUAUCGUUGGCGCCCAGGUCCCUGUGGGAGCAGGACUUGCUUUUGCUCAACAGUACGAGGAAAAGAAGAACACCACCAUUUGCUUGUACGGAGAUGGGGCAAGCAAUCAAGGUCAGGUCUUCGAGGCCUUCAACAUGGCAAAGCUAUGGAAUCUACCAAUUCUUUUCGGUUGCGAAAACAACAAGUACGGUAUGGGCACAGCCGCCGCCCGAGCCGCCGCUUUGACUGAGUACUACAAACGCGGCCAGUACAUUCCCGGCCUUAAAGUCAAUGGUAUGGACAUUCUCGCCGUCAAAGCCGCUGUCGAAUACGGUAAGCGAUAUACCGUCGAAGGCCAUGGGCCUUUAGUCCUUGAGUACGUGACUUACCGAUAUGGCGGGCAUUCAAUGUCCGAUCCCGGCACAACCUAUCGGACACGCGAGGAAAUCCAGCGGAUGAGAAGCACUAACGACCCUAUUGCCGGCUUGAAGCAAAAAUUGCUGGAUUGGGGUGUCACCACGGAAGAUGAGCUGAAGGCGAUUGAUAAAGAAGCGAGGACCUAUGUCGAUGGGGAGGUUGCUGAGGCAGAGAAGAUGGCAGCGCCAGAAACAACGCCGCAGAUUUUGUACGAGGAUAUUUAUGUCAGGGGAAGUGAGCCGGCGUUUAUGAGGGGAAGAACACCGGAUGAGAAUUAUUAUUACUAG